GUUUGUUGAAGUGGUAAGAUUGCGAUUAAAUGUUCAGGAUUUCGAUAUUAAACUUGUGACUGUUUCAAUUCAUAGGAUAUUCAAAAGAAAUUUAACAUGAUAUUCUUAAAACUAUUAUUAAGAAGUUUAAUAUAUAUUGCUGCAAUCGCAAUAGGGGAUCCUACCGAUGAAGUUUCGGAAAAUACGAAGAGCUAUCUAUCAAAUUACAUUUCAAAAAACGUAAUGCCAAUACACUAUAAAGUACAAUUCAAAUUUAUUUCUGAUUUUCUUUUCGGUGAAUGCGAAAUCAUUAUUUAUAUUAUGAACGCAACACAACACAUCGGUUUUCAUAUACCGUUUCCGAUGAGUAUAAUCAGAUCAGAUUUAAAACAAAUUAACAAUAAUGUCCCCUAUGAAGCGAAACAAGAACUAGAUUCAAUAUAUGAUGACACGAUUAUGCUUCAUUAUGACGAAGUCUUAUUACAUGGCAUAUAUAUUCUGUAUAUACGAUUUCAUAUUCCUAUUGAAUACGUAACAGACACUUUCGCAACUCUGCACAUAGGCAGAUAUGAAAUAGUACAUAGAAACACAGAAGAGUGGGUAAUCAUAACAGGUGCCCAGACAAAGCGACAGCAAAUAUUGCCAUUUUGGAACAAACCAGAUUUAAGAAUUAGUUUCGACAUUUCCAUAAUGCAUGAUCAGAGAUACAAAGCUUUGUCAAAUAUGCCAAUACGAGAAUCUAAAUUGAUGGAGGAUAAUAUGAUGUUGACAUAUUUUUACAAGGCUUUUUUCACUAUAGAUGAAGUAGUAUUAAUGGAAUCCAGUUUUCAUAGGAUUAACUUGAAUAGCGCAACUAGCAUGUGGUGCCGAUCAAAAUUGAUACCGUAUGUAAAAUUUGCAUUACAUGUUGCUGAAAAUGUUACUAUAUAUUUAGAAAAGUAUUGGAAUAAUUCAAAAAAAAUUCUUGAGAGUACCCUUCUUUUCACCGAGAGAAAAGUGGAUCAUGUCGUAAUCUCUGAUUUAAAAGAUGAAGUUAAGCAGACUUUAGGAUUCGUUUUCUACAGAGAAGCAGAUAUAAUUUAUGAUGAAGAAUUAGAUCUUGUCGCUUCUAAAAUGAGAAUUGCACGCUUAAUAGCACGUGAGAUGAUACAAAAAUAUAUUGGCAAUCUAUUGAAUCCAUCUUAUUGGUUUCAUCAAAGGUUAAACGAAGGAUUUAUAAUGUAUCUUCAAGAAUAUAUCAUUGAGGAGGCUCUGCCAAAUUCCCGGAUGAUGGAUUUGUUUAUAGUUCAAGUUCAACAUGAAUUACUCGAUCUAAACUCAUAUAUUGCUAUAAACUUCGCUGUAGAAUGUAAUACCUAUCCUGAAAAUUAUUACUCUUCUCUUUCUUUUCUCUUUCUCUCUUCUGUCAAAGCAUCCAUUAUAUGGCGUAUGUUAGAACGAACAUUACCACCUAAUAUAUUUUUCAUGGGAAUUAAUAAAUAUUUGAACAAUCAAUUCAAUGACCGUAAAGCAACAACUUCCGAUCAUUUGUGGAACGCUAUGCAAUCUAUGAUGAUUGAAUUAGAUUUCAACUAUAAGCUUAAAAGCAUAAUGGAUUCGUGGGCUAUGCAAAGAAGAUUUCCCAUAUUGGACGUGAUGCGAGAUUAUUCUAGAAAUGUUGUAAUUAUAUCGGUACAAUUUAACAACACAUUGGAUGAGGAGCAAUAUUAUAUACCUGUUACUUAUACUACGGAGUCGAACCUUAAUUUUAUUAUAACUUGUACAAAUAUUUGGUUAACACCAUCGGAUUCAAAAAUUGAAUUCUUUCUUGAGAAAAAUCAAUGGAUUAUUUUCAACUUACAACAAGCAGGAUACUAUCGCGUUUAUUAUGAUACCGAGAAUUGGCGAAAAAUUGCGCGAUACUUAAAUUCUGAAGAAUAUGAGAAUAUACAUGUUCUCAAUCGAGCACAAAUCAUCGAUGACGCAUUUCAUUUUGCAAUAGAGAAAAAACUUGACUUUUCCAUAUUUUGGGAACUCGCUAAUUAUUUAUCAAGAGAAAAAGAAUAUAUAGUAUGGUAUCCUAUGAUCAAAGCAUUUGAAUUUUUGUCGCAUUUCAUUCCAUUAUUAGAAUUUUAUCCUGACUUUAAGGAAAAGUUAAAGUUUGAAUUUUUGGAACGGAAUAUUCAAUUCUUGCCUUGGAAUCUAUAUACAAAUAGCGGCAAUGAUCAUACUAAAUGUUUAAAGCAAGAACUCGCAAAGUGGAAAUGUAUUAUAACAAAUAAUACUGUGUAUACAAAAUGGGCUACAAAUAAUUUGGAAUGGCAUCUAUUAAAUCGUAAAGAAAAUAAACUUUUGCCUGGAUGGAAGAGUUGGAUAUAUUGUAAUGGAUUGAAAAUGGCAGAUCGUAAUAUAUGGGAGAAAAUUCUUCAGAAUUACAUAAAAACUGAUCAUAUAAUUUUGGAAUGCUUGGCUUGCGUUAAAGAUCCUGAAAUUAUAAUCAAUUAUUUAGAAAUAAAAUUACCACAAAUUUUGUAUUAUUAUCCUUAUCACUUUAAACUGAUACAGCAAGAUUUUAACUUAAAUGCUAAUAUUUUUCUUUUUACUCUUGCGAGGAAUAUUAAGUAUAUGCUUAAAGAUUUAUUAAAUAAUUUCAAAAAAAUAAAACACAGGGAAGUCAAUGAUAUUGUGACUUUAAUUGUUAUGAUUAACAAUGUGUAUUCCAAGGAUCAGUUGGACGAGAUAAGCAAUUUUGUAAAACAUGAAAUUGAAGCAUCAAUUCCAAUUUUGAACAUAAGAAGCAUUAUUCCCGAUGUUGAACACAAAAUAGAAACACGCUGGUUGGAAAUUAAGAAGCAGAUAGAACAUUUUCAAUUUUUGUACUUCGAUUAAAAAACUGAAGAUCUAUAACGCAUCGAAGAAAUUAAUUAUGCAGCAUGAAUGUGUUUAAGACUCGUUACACUAACAUUAUUUUGGCCUUAAGCGAAACUUAAAUAUAUAUCUAUCUUUGUAUUAAUUAAUUUUAUAUACUACUACUAGAUAUGCAUUAAACAUUUAAGAUAU